AUGCAGGUUGAGGAGCAGGUUGAGGAGGCUCAUGGUGGUGUAGUUGAGGUGGCUCCCGGUGUUGUAGUUGUGGCUCAUGGUGGUGUAGUUGGGGCUCAUGGUCUGCUUUCCAAGAGUAUGCUGGAGAGUAUGUAUGUUUCUUUCCUAGCUGGCUGCUUUCGAUCCAUCCGGUUUGGUCUCACAGAAGCUCAUGGGAAAGGACAAGCGUUGCAAUUCAACUGGUUGUAUGAAAAAGGAGCCUUUGUUUUCCACGAGGACUCUACAUUCUCGGUUGAUUUCGCUAAGCCACGAUCAUCUUCGGAUGUGUCUGGUGCGGUAGAGGAUUGUUGGCCUAGUCCUUGCUGGGGUGGUUGCCCGGCGGUCUGA